AUGCCACGUAUGUUAUAAGAUAUCAAAUACUACUAAUACUAUCAAAUAGAUAGAACGAUUUCAGAGCAGUUAAAUCUGUGCUCACUGGUCGUUGGGGUUCGGGUCCUCCUUUCUUUGAUUUUCAAAGAAUGCUUAAAAAACUUUUCCAAAUAUUUAUAAAGUAACUGAAUUCCCGACACUUCAGUUACUAAAUAUGACUAUGUUGUAUUUAAACUUAUUUCACGAUUACAAUAAGGUUGAUCUAUGAUUGAAAAAUUUUCAAUAGGUGAUGCCCUAAACGAACUAUUGUCCGUGUGAUUUUUGAAUAAGUGAUGAAUAGACAUUUUAAUGGAAGAGUAAUUUAAGCAUUUUAAUCAUUGAAAGUGAGCGAUCUCUCCUCUACUUUUAUAUUUUGAAUUUUCAAAUUCUAACAAUUUUCUUAGGUGCUCCAAGAACUUAUUCAAAAACUUAUACAGUCCCAAAAAGACCAUAUGAAUCAGCUCGUUUAGAUGCUGAAUUAAAAUUAGCUGGUGAAUACGGUUUAAAAAACAAAAGAGAAAUUUACAGAAUUGGUUUCCAAUUAUCAAAAAUUAGAAGAGCUGCUCGUGAUUUAUUAACCAGAGAUGAAAAAGAUCCAAAAAGAUUAUUUGAAGGUAAUGCUUUAAUUAGAAGAUUAGUUAGAGUUGGUGUUUUAUCAGAAGAUAAAAUGAAAUUGGAUUAUGUUUUAGCUUUAAGACCGGAAGAUUUCUUAGAAAGAAGAUUACAAACUCAAGUUUUCAAAUUAGGUUUAGCUAGAUCAAUUCAUCAUGCUAGAGUUUUAAUUUCACAAAGACAUAUUGCUGUUGGUAAACAAAUUGUUAAUGUUCCAUCAUUCACUGUUAGAUUAGAUUCACAAAAACAUAUUGAUUUUGCUCAAAACUCACCAUACGGUGGUGGUAGAGCUGGUAGAGUUAAAAGAAAAAACCAAAACAAAAAUGCUGGUGGUGAUGAAGGUGCUGAAGAUGAAGAAUAA